AUGAUUCAAUUCGUGAUAAUAAGUAGGAUUAAACUUAAGAAACAAUUGAGAUGUAAUUGGAGAUCGGUGUCGGGUAAAUUAUUGAACAAAGAAAGUAUUCUCAAAGAAACACCUAUAAAUUUUAACGAGAUACCUGGGCCCAAGAGUUAUCCAAUUAUAGGAACAUUGUACAAAUAUUGGCCAUUCAUAGGAGAAUAUAAUGCAGAAGCGCUCGACAAGAACGCAUGGUUAAAUUGGCGUCGUUACGGAGGUCUCGUAAGAGAAGUUCCUGGUGUGAAUUUACUUCAUGUCUUUGAACCAGAAGUAAUCGAAGCUGUUUUCCGACAAAACGAUCGGUACCCAGCUAGACGGAGUCACGUUGCCAUGCUUCAUUAUCGUCUAAGCAAACCGAGCGUGUACAACACUGGUGGAUUACUUUCAACGAAUGGCCCGGAUUGGUGGCGACUUCGAAGUACAUUUCAAAAGAAUUUUACUGGUCCACAAAAUGCUAAGCAAUACGUUGAAAAUACAGACGACGUUGUUCGUGAAUUUGUUAAAUGGAUACGGGAUAGCAAGCUGUCGCAUAAUGAAGAUUUUUUGAUUUAUCUUAACAGGCUCAAUCUAGAAGUUAUCGGAGUGGUGGCGUUUAAUGAGAAAUUUAAUAGUUUUACAUUACAAGAACAAGCGUCCGAGUCCCGCAGUAGUAAAGUGAUUGCAGCAGCAUUUGGCUCCAAUAGUGGUAUUAUGAAACUUGACAAAGGGAUUCUUUGGAGGAUUUUUAAAACACCACUGUACAAAAAACUUGUGGAAUCUCAACAAUAUUUAGAAAAGGUAUCAAUGGAUAUAUUAUUGAAUAAAAUUAAUUUUUUUGGCAAAGAACAUGAGAGAAAAAAUAAUUCUCUAUUAGAAUCUUUUUUGCAGCAACCGAAUUUAGAUUUAAAAGAUAUCAUUGGAAUGAUGGUCGACAUAUUAAUGGCGGCAAUAGACACGACUGCUUAUGCAACAAGUUUUGCAUUAUAUCACCUCGCCCGCAAUCCGGAAUGUCAACAGAAAUUAUACAAAGAAGUUGCAAAUCUGUUACCAACAAAGGAAUCUAUUCUUACAUCAGAUGUACUUUCAAAGGCAGUUUAUGUUCGUAGUUGUAUCAAAGAGAGUCUGAGGCUUAAUCCUGUGUCAAUUGGUGUUGGACGUCUAUUGCAAAAAGAUAUUGUAUUGAAAGGUUAUUUGAUUCCUGAGGGGACUGUUAUAGUGACACAAAACAUGGUAGCAUCCCGUUUACCGCAGUACGUGCGGGACCCGAUGCUCUUUAAGCCAGAGCGGUGGAUAAGGGGCUCAUCUCAUUACGAGAAUAUACAUCCAUUUUUAAGUCUACCCUUUGGAUUUGGUCCCCGAUCGUGUAUUGCCAGGAGGUUGGCGGAACAAAAUAUGUGCAUUACACUAAUUCGGUUGGUGCUUGAAUUUGAAAUGAAGUGGAUGGGCGGAGAUUUGGGAAUUAAAACGUUAUUGAUAAAUAAGCCAGAUAAACCCAUAAAAUUGUCUUUUGUACCUAGACAUUAA